CUUUAGGUAAGGCCAGGAGUGAAUUUACUGUUGAGAAAUCGAACCAAACUUCAUGUCAAGAUCUGAUGGUCACUUGGUUAACAUGACAGGAGAAAUAUUUGUCAGUUCUGCCUGUGGAAAAAAUUGUAAACUGGAAAAGCACCAAGACACACACAUCUCAGUGGGAGUGUUCCAGUAAACCUCAUGUGCAAAGAGCUUUAACCUGUUACAGAGACAAAUACACGUACUCUGUAUGGAUAAGGCUUCAACUAAUCAUCCACAACGUAGAGAAACCUUGGAAAUGUGAUGACUGUGGGAAGGGAUUCAAGUAUCCAUCCAUGCUGGAAACCCAUCAACCCAAUUACACUGGGGAGAGACCAUUCUCCUGUGCAGUGUGGGAAGGGAUUCACUCAAUCUUCCAGCCUCAAGUUACACCAGCAGAUUCACACCAAGGAGAGGCCGUUCAGCUGCACUUCCUGUGGCAAGUGGUUCAGGUAUUUGAACAAUUUCACCACACACCGGCGGCUUCACACUAGGGAGAGACCCUUCAACUGCUCCGUCUGUGGGAAGGGCUUCAAUUGGGGAGCCUCGUGUCGCACCAGAGAAUUCACUUGGAGGAGAGACUGUUCAGCUGCACUUCCUGUGGGAAGAGGUUCCGGCAGCGUCCCGAACUCGUGGUGCAUCUGCAGGUCCACACAGGGGACAGACCGUUCACUUGCACUGUGUGUGGCUAUGGAUUCAAUCAUUCAUCUGGCCUUUGGUCACACCAAGGAAAAGCCAUUCAGCUGCACUUCCUGCGGAACGCAGUUCUGUUCGGCAUCCAAUCUCAGUGUGCACAAGCGUGUUCACACCGGGGAAAGGCCAUUCACCUGCUCUGCGUGUGGGAAGGGAUUCCCUCAGUCAUCCAGCCUGUUGACACACCGGCGAGUUCACACCGAGGAGAGGCCAUUCACCUGCUCCAUGUGCGAGCAGAGCUUCACUCAGCUAUGCAGUCUGUUGACGCACCAGUGUGCUCACAGCGGGGAGAGGUCAUUUGCCAGUUUAGAGUGAGGAAAUGGAUUCACUCAGUUACCCUGUUGCUGGCACAAGAGUGAGUUCACACUGGGGACAGGCUGCUCACCUGCUUGAGAAACAGAAGGGAUUUCCUCAGUCAUCUAACUUGCUAACACACCAGUGACGUCACACUGGAGGGAGGCCAUGUAUAUAUUCAGAGUUCGGGAAGACAUUCUCUCCUGUGAUACAAACAAGUUAACAAUUGACUUCAUAGUAGAGUUCUUCUCUCUUUGCUGCCACACCAAGGACUUGGAACACUGUGAGCAGUUUUGCGCCCAGUAUCUAAGGAAGGAUGGCCUUGGAGGGGGUGCAGAGGGGGUUCACAAGAAC